AUGCAGCCACUUCGCCCAAGUUUACUACUCAACGAAGAUGGCAGCAGAAGCAGUAGUGCAAAUAUACCGGGCGAUAUCUCAUCCAGAGCGGCAUUAACGACCCCACCAUCACGCGUACCGAUCGCUAAGCGAAGCCACAUGGACGGCAUAUUGCGUGGUGUUCCUGGUAGCACUGAGCCGAUCAGUACCAUUCAGCAACGCGCGUUUGUGUAUGACAACGAGAUGAGCAACAUGAACCGUGACAAAGACACAAGUCACCACCGGAAGCGCGAUGCUUACUCUGAAUACGUAGAGGCUCGUGCGCGAUUUAGUAAGAUGCACAGCGUGAACUGA